AGCUAUAAGGUAUACCAGCAAUUAGAUUAGUUUCUCACGAGAUCUCGUAAGCAAUUGACAGACCUUUAAUUGUGUGUUAUCUUGAGAUAUCUCAAUGUGAUCUUUUGACAUAGUCAUCAAAUUUCACUGAAUGUACCGGUAAAUUCUCAGAUAUUUUUCCACUAAUCUCAGCCUCGUGAAAUCAUCCGAUAUUAUUUGUGCUGGUUCUGAGUAUUAUUUUUUCGUCACUAUUGCGCACGCCGCUCUGUCAUACUUCUAUCACAUCGUCAGAAGUCCAGUGUAUUUGUAAAAGUGGUUUACUGGAGACUUUUGGUGUGUAACGGAAAGUUGGUGUUUUUCGCGAAAAGACUGAAUCUUCCGCGGCGCCGAGACAUGGCAUCACAAUCAGUUAUGAGCUGAACUCAGUCGUGGUUACACACGAAAUUUAUAGCUCCACGAAAGUCACGGAAGUUGUCUCACUGAACCAUAAUCACCGGCAGCAUUAGGAAGGUAUCCUUAUGAGCCCUGAUUCUAAUUAACGUGCAAGUGCAUAAGUGCUUCAUAGUGUUCAGAAAAAAGUCAUUUUUAGUGGCCUAAAGUUUCAACUUAUUUAUUUGUAGUGAACAAAGGUACUUUGUGACAAAUUUGCUAGAAAGUGAAAAUCUCCAGUGAGAUGAAAGAUAAGUGAGAAAUUCAAGUUCUAACAAAAGACCAAAUAAACAUCUUUCUGCAAAUUAAAAGAAAUUCCUUCCGGAAAGGCGCAAAUUUUACAAUGAUUCAAGUUCAGGUGCAAAUAGACAAUGACAAGUGUCGAAGGGAUCGUGAGGUGCGUUUGUCGGGAUCAAGAAUUGAUCUAUCUGCCCUCUGUGGAGGCCCUAGAGGUGGUCGCAAUGGCACAACAGAUGCAUUGGGAAACUCUCUUCCGCCUCUUAGUCCACAGAGCAACAACAAUCCAUCACCCACUGACCAUCUGGAGUCUAAGUCAAUUCCCAUGACACCCUCAGAGGUGUUGGAAUUGUACAACAGCCGACUGACAGACUAUGAAAGACAGGAAGUAGAAAAAUAUCCUGAAAUUUGGUAUCUUGGCUUGGAUGCGUGCAAAAUCAAUGCAAAACCAGGAACAGCACUGAAUUGUGGAUAUGACUAUGACAAUGGCAGCUACAAUAAGGUUGUACAUGAUCAUAUCUGCUACCGAUAUGAAAUUUUAGAGGUGAUCGGCAAAGGCAGUUUCGGCCAGGUUAUCCGGGCAUUAGAUCACAAAACCAAUCAGCAUGUAGCUAUCAAAAUUAUAAGGAAUAAGAAGAGAUUUCAUCAUCAAGCCUUGGUGGAAGUCAAAAUUCUCGAUGAAUUGCGAAAGAAAGACAAGGACGGAUCUCAUAAUGUUAUACACAUGCUGGAUUACUUCUAUUUCCGGAAUCACCUCUGUAUCAGCUUUGAAUUGAUGAGCCUAAAUUUGUACGAACUGAUCAAGAAGAAUAACUAUCAAGGAUUCAGUUUGAGCUUGAUAAGAAGAUUUUGCAAUUCAAUAAUCAAAUGCCUGAGACUCUUGUACCAAGAAAAUAUUAUUCAUUGUGAUCUCAAACCGGAAAAUGUUCUACUGAAGCAACGAGGAAGUAGUUCUAUUAAGGUUAUUGACUUUGGAAGCUCUUGCUAUGCACACCGAAAAGUUUACACCUACAUCCAGUCGCGCUUCUACAGAUCACCAGAAGUUAUCCUGGGUCUGCCAUAUGGAACACCAAUCGACAUGUGGAGUCUUGGAUGUAUUCUAGCAGAACUCUAUACGGGAUAUCCACUGUUUCCCGGAGAAAAUGAAGCCGAACAAUUGGCAUGUAUUAUGGAAGUGUUAGGUGUACCUCCAGAAGAUUUGAUUAAUCAAGCAACAAGAAAACGCUUGUUUUUCGAUUCACGUGGAAGCCCACGAAGUGUCAUCAACUCCAAGGGAAGGAAGAGGAAGCCUGGAACCAAGACCCUUGCUUCUGCUCUUCGCUGUAGUGAUAGUUUGUUCAUAGAUUUUGUCAGCAGAUGCCUAGAGUGGGACUAUACAAAGAGAAUGACUCCUGAGGAGGCAGCGAAGCAUGAAUGGCUGCAACCGAGUGGAUCAUCCUCCUACAAUCACUCCAAGGCGAUGAAUCGUGAAGCACAGCAGCAGUCUCAGGAAGUUGAUACAUCUGUGAGUGAUAAUCAACCGACUGCAGUCGUAGCACAGACCUUUCAGCAGCCAAAGUACCAGAGAACUCUACCCCAGACUCCCAAUAAUACAACGUUGCCAGAGAUUAAGACGCCAUCAAUGAAGGGCGCCCUAAAGACACAACGAGAGAGAUUCAAAGGGCUCACAUCGUCCACGACUGAUCUCGAUAGUGUCGCAUCAGCAGCUCAGGCCCAUGGUCAGGCACAUGGUCCUGCGUAUUCCCUGCAUCGACUCUACAAUUCACGCAAAUCCACAACUAAUGCCACCCAGAGCAGUGCCAAGUACAGCGGGAUGUCGCAUUCGCAGAGUACGGGCGACGUUACUGCUAUGUUUGGGAGAGCUUGACCAGGUUAUGGGCCGACUCUGGCCAGGACCAAGAUUGACAGUGGACGUAAGCUAGUCAGUAUCGUGGACAAUCGCGAAGAGUGGUAACACUAGGAGGCUUUACCGAGUGUAAAGUGAAACUUCUGAUCAUCAAUGUGUGAUAUCUCUCACAGUUUUUUUCUCAUCUUGCUGUUGAUUUAACUUUUUGCUUAUUUUCCUCAUCACCUGAAAUUCACUCUAGCCUAGAGCAAGUGACUCUAUGGCGGUGCUCUAGCUAGGGAUUCACAAAAUGGGUUUUGUAUCAGGGAUUGAAGUACAUUGAUCAAGCGAGUUAUGUAGACGCGCCUUCUGGCUAGAUUCUUAUCUAUUUGAAUCGCUAAUCUAGGAUAAUCAAUCCCUAAUAUUAGUCUCCGUUUCAGGCGUGAUAUUUGCAAUAUUUUCAAAAACAUAAUUUUUUUUAGAGAUUUCGUAAGUGCCCCAAAAAUUCUUUGUUAAAGAGACACUGUUCUCAAAUUUUCGUCACUUACAGUAAAGUUGUAAUAUUAACCUUCAAAACAAGCUUCAUAAAUAAUUUUAGAUCACGCCCCCAGAAUAAUUACUGACUAUUGAAAUUUCCUACAGUGUUGAAAGAGCUCCUUCCACGAAAAAAUAAGCCACGCCUUUUGCAAAUUAAGUCAAAGAGAGAAUUUUUCUUUUUACAUGGAGAUUUUGAAUGGCUUCAAGGGAUACUGAAUAAGGGUAUCAAAGUUCUGGAUGAAGAAAAUUCAUGAAAGUGCUUGUGAUUUUGGUAGAGACAUUACAUCAUCAAUUUAUUAGCUCCUCCUACUAAUUUUAAAAUAACUAAAAGAAAUGCAGUAAAGGGAAAAUAUAAAUUUCAUGUUAUUUUUUGCACAAGAGCACCAACUUUUAUUAAAGUUUCUACUUCAGGUAUUCCUGUUUAAUUCUUGUUUGAUUUAUUGUAACUUCAUAUCACAAGAUCCUCUACAGCAAAAUACUAGUGAUUUGCUUACAUAUUUCAGUAAAGAAAAUAAUAAGCCACUCCCAUUGUGAGCCAUUUAUUAAGAAAAUUGUUGUUUCAAUUUUUGAGAUCUUUUUUUUACAAAUUAGAGCUUCCAGAAAUCCUUUUGAAUAGCCAAUAAAAUUUAGAAAUUACAGAGAGGACAAAUAUAUAAAACACACGAGUCCAAAUGGGCGUGGCUUUGCAUAAAAUAAAUAUUUACCAUAUUUAAAAAGAAAUAUUUUUUAUGUAUAUAUGAUGAAUUAUCAUUCAUUCUUUUAAUCUCGCCCAUGUCGGUUCUAUUUUUAUUAAAAAUAAUAUGCUGAAAAAUUGUACUAGGCGUGGCUUAUUUUUUCGUGGAUGAUUCCUUUUAUAUAUCUGUUCAAAUAUAAAUUGGUAUACGUUUCUCGGAAAGGUUUCUAUGUUUUAAUUUUCCUUUAUGCCCAAGACACAAUGACUUUUGUUUAGUAAACAUGUUUUUUGACAUUUCAAUGAGAGUGAGUAAGAUCUAGAUCUAGUCAUCUCGCUCAUUCGCUUGGGAAAUUUUGAAAACGUGUUUAUAAACAAAAGUUAUUGUGCGCUGAUCAUAAAUGACUAAUGACCAGCGCACAAUAGCUUUUGUUUAUAAACAUGCUUUCAAAAUUCUCUGUGAGAGUGAGCGAGAUGACUAGAUCUCAUUUACUCUCAUUUAAAUGUCAAGAACAUGUUUACAAAACAGAAAUUAUUGUUCGUUGGGCAUAACGCACAAUAACUUUUGUUUUGUAAAAAUGUUUUUAACAUUUCAAUUAGAGUGAAUGAAACAGAGAUCUAGUCAUCUUGCUCUCUCUCAUAUGACACUUUAAAAACAUGUUUACAAACAAAAUUUAUUGUACGUUGGGCAUAAAUGAGAUCUAGGUCUUGUCAUCUCGCUCACUCUCAUAGGAAAUUUUGAAAACAUAUUUACAAACAAAAGUUAUUGUGCGCUGAGCAUUAUUAAAUAUUUCAAAAAUUGAAAAAAAAUCAAAUUGUUGUACAGUACCUAAAGGAGGCGUGACUUAAAAUUAUUCAUAUCAAGAAUUGUAUUUAGAGGUUAAUAUCUAUCUUCCUGUUUUAAACAAAAUUUAAAAAAAAAAUCUGCAAAGCAGAAAAGCCCAUAAACUAUUUUUGCUUUAUUUAUUUCUGAGGAAAAUAAAACAAAACCCUUCUGUAAGCCCCUUAAAAGUUCACAAAAAAUUGACGUAAUUUUUUUUUGCUCGGGUGGACUACAUAAAUUAAUAUUAUGUACAGUAUAUUAUGUAUUAUAGUUCAACCAUUACCCGAUGGUCUUAAAAAAAAAAAUAGAAUAAUAUAAAUAUUGUAGGAUAGUGCAAAUAUAGAUAUUUUGAGUUAUUGAAAUGUAUAAAUGUGUUUCAUCGUGAUGUUUAAUAUUUAAGUAUCUAAGUUUUUGUUGUGAAAGUUCUUUGGUUUUUUUUUAAAUUAAAAUGAAAGACUACUGCUUAAUUUACCCUGCCACUAAAGAUUAGACGUUCUAGCUUGCGUUAUUAGAUUGUUUAUUAUGACAGAAAAAAAACUUAGAUCCUUAACUUUGCAAGAACAUCACAAGAAAUACGUUUUAAUAAUAAAAAAAACCUACUGUUGGAAAAUAAAGGUAAGAAAGAGAUUUCUAAAUCAAUACAGAUACAACUCGAAAUCAAGCAUACAGAUAUACACGUAAAAUACAAAACAAUGCAACUAGUGGAAUUAACAAAAAAAAAAGAAA